AUGAACAACAUACGUAUACCACCGUCACCGCCAAAUACGUCGGAAAAUUCGUCAGAUGUAAGCGAUGUACUGUGGCUUCAUUUAUUGAUCGAACUAAUAAGCCGUAUGAAUGAUUCAGAUGAUGAAGCAAAAAAUGAUUUAUUACAAUUAUGGAGAAUGCAGUAUGAAGGUGUUGAAGAGGAACAAAGAAUUAUAGACGAGUUUGAAAGAGACUUUGAACCAUCUCGUGCAGUAUGGUGGUAUACAAGAGAAUGUGGACUAUAUCGUCUACUUCAACGAGCUUUCCAACAAAUGGAUUUUCAUGUGAUUGUGACCAUACGUUUAAUAAUUAAAUAUCUUUAUAGACAAUUGAGCGAAGAACAUCAGCAAUUACGAAAUGAUUUAAUACAAAAUGCUCAUUCUACAAUUCUUCGCGUCUAUCGAUCAGAAGCGAUGAAAAUAAAUGAAUUUGAGAUAUUGAAAACAAAAAUUGGUCAGCUUCACUCCGUAAAAAGUCUAUUUAUCACUUCAUUGGAUCGAAAAGUAGCAUUAUCUUUUUCUCGAGCUAUGCAAUUGAGCUCCGAUUGCGUCAGCAUUUGUUUCGAGAUUGAUAUUGAUACAACAUUAUCACUAUUAUCUUAUAUCCAAGUAUCACAUCUUAGUUAUUCCACAUUAGACACAGACGGCGUUUUGUUAAUGCUUGGUACUAUAUAUGUAGUUAAUAGCAUUCACUAUGAUUCAGAUGUUGAACUAUGGAUAGUUAAAGCCUCACUUUGUGGUGAAAAUGACUAUCGUUUAAAAGAUAUAAUUGAUUAUAUAAAAUAUGAAUUGAAAGAUACAACGAAUUUUAUAACAUUGGCUGAUCUAUUCGUUAAAAUGGGAGAAUAUGACACAGCAAAAGUUUAUUAUGAAAAAUAUCAGGGUGAGCCUUCAGCCAAUGAUCCAAAUAGAAAACGUGCUUGGAAUGGACUUUCAGAAUUAGCUGAUAUUCAGGGCAACUUUUGUAUUGCAAUGAAGCAACUUGACAAAGCACAUCAAUAUUUUAAGGAACAAUUAGAUAUAUGUAAACAGUUACCACCACAUCAUCCACAAUAUGGUAAAUGUUAUUCAAAUAUUGCUAAUUUAUAUGAAAUUGAAGAAAAGAAAGACGUAGCAUUAAAAUAUUAUAAAAAAAACAUUGGACAAAGUACAGCAACAAAACCGAAUACAUUGGCUGGUGGCAUUUCCGGUGUAUUUGAAGAUGAUGCAGAUGCAGCAGAUACCACGAGUACUAAUCUUGAAACUUUUCUUAUUGUUUGGUUGGAUGCAAAUGUAACGAAGACACAAGAUAAUUUAGAUACAUAUACUGAACUACGUGCAGCUGUGAACUAUAUUAAAACAUUUGAUGAAUUACAAAAAUGUGAGGAAUACAUUCUACGUAUCAAACGUGAAAAAAUUAUUUUAAUUGUUUCCGGCGGUCUUGGUCGUGAAAUUGUGCCACGUCUACAUGAUUUAGUACAAUUAAAUUGUAUCUAUGUUUUCUGUAUGGACCAAGAAGCUAAUGAAGAAUGGUCAAAAAAUUAUUCAAAGGUUCGAUCAGUCAUUACUGAACGUGAAGAAUUAAUUGAAAAAGUUAGUAAGGAUCAAACACUUCGUAAUAUUAUUGAAGAUCCUGUACCGAUGAGUAUUUCAAAACGUACGUCUAUAGUUAAAGAACUAACAGCGAAGGAUGUAUCAAAAGCAAUGGGUGCCAUUCUAUGGUUUCAAUUAUUGAUUGAAGUAUUACUACGUAUGCCACAUGCCGAAGAUGCUAAAAGGGAUCUGCUACAAACAUGGAAAGAAAAUUAUAGUGGCAAUCCAAGUGAAUUAGAAAUUAUCGAUGCAUUCGAGCAUCAAUACACAAAAGAAAAUGCAAUUUGGUGGUAUACACGUGAAUGUUCACUAUAUCGUAUUCUGAACAAAGCGUUGCGUGAACAAUCGAUUGAUAUUAUGUUAUUAUUCCGAUUUUUUAUGAGUGAAUUAUCAAAACAAAUGUCCGAAUUAUACUCCGAUCAAAAUUUAAGAAAUGGUGCUGGUGGACGCAUAAUACAUGUUUAUCGUGGGCAAACAAUUGCUAAAGAAGAAUUUGAACAAAUGCAACAAGGUAUCGGUGGUUUUAUCUCAAUUAAUAGUUUUUUUUCGACAAGUAUGGAUGAGUCAAACGCCAUUCGUUUUGCUAAAGUGGGAGCUAUUACGGAACAAACACGAAUUAUACUAUUUCGUAUUAAAAUUGAUAGUCGUCUGCCAACGAAACCCUAUGCUGAUAUUGAAAGAUUUAGUUUUUAUCAAGGUGAAAAAGAAAUCUUAUUUAUGCUUGGUUGUAUAUUUCGUAUUGAUAAUGUUACGUAUGAUGAUAAUGAUAAAUUGUGGAUAUUAGAUUUGAGUUUGUGUAGUGACGACGAUUUUGAACUAGAAGAAGUUUUUUCGUAUAUGAAAAAAGAUAUUGGUGAAGAAACAUCGAUGAUUACAUUGGGUAAUAUUUUAGUUAAAAUGGGUGAAUAUGAUAAGGCUGAACGAAUAUUUUUAAAAAUUGAUCAUAAGGAUGGUCUAAUACAAGUUAUGGAACAGAAAGGUAAUUAUUAUUUAGCAAUCAAAAAUUAUCAACGCGCAAUUGAUUAUUAUGAAAAAGUAUUAGAAUUACGUCAUCAAUGCUAUCCUCCACCACAUCCAGAGAUUGGUAAAAGUUUUGUUUCACUUGCAAUGGCAUAUGAAUUUCAGAAACAUUAUACAAAUGCAAUGGAUUACUAUGAUCGUGCUAUUAAACAAUACAAACGUACAAUGAAAGAGAAUCAUCCACUAGUUAUACAAACUAAAAAUAAUUUACAAAAACUUCAAACUACAAUUAGUAGUCUGACUGGUCUAUGGGUUCUAUUUGGAACUCAAUCCCAAUUAAGCACAUAA